GCAGUGCCUUCCCCACCGAGCCCCGCCCGCCCGCGCCGAGCCGAGCAGAGGGCGGCGGCGGCGGCGGCGGCGGCGGUGGUGGCUGCUGGAGCAGCCGGGGAGGAGGAGGCGACGAGGAUGGCGGCGGCGUCGUGGGUGCGGCGGAGAUGAGCACCCGCGGCCCCGGGCCCAGGGCGGCGCGGCCGGAGUGGGCGGGGGUCCUGAUGCAGGCCCGAGGGGGGCCAUGGGGCAGGUCCUGCCGGUCUUCGCCCACUGCAAAGAAGCCCCAUCUACAGCCUCUUCUACCCCUGAUUCCACAGAAGGAGGGAACGACGACUCGGAUUUUCGGGAGCUGCACACAGCCCGGGAAUUCUCGGAGGACGAGGAGGACGAGGAGGAGACCACGUCCCAGGACUGGGGCACCCCUCGAGAGCUGACUUUCUCCUACAUCGCCUUCGACGGCGUUGUGGGCUCCGGGGGACGCAGGGACUCAGCUGCCCGUCGCCCUCGGCCCCAAGGCCGCUCCGUCUCAGAACCGCGAGACCUGCCCCCACAGCCCGGCCUGGGCGACAGCUUGGAAAGCAUCCCCAGCCUAAGCCAGUCCCCAGAGCCAGGACGUCAUGGUGACCCCGACACCGCCCCCCAGGCUGAGCGCUCCCUGGAGGACCUGAGGCUCCGGCUGGACCAGCUGGGCUGGGCGGGAUCCGGAGAGGACUCAGCCACUAGUAGUUCCACCCCCCUGGAAGACGAAGAACCUGAAGGAUUGGAGGUUGGAGAGGCUGGGGAAGAACCAGACUUACAACUACGACUUGCUCAGUUGUCACCGCCCCAGGUCUUGACUCCUCAGCCCAGCCCCGGCUCUGGGACCCCCCAGUCCCAUACCCCGUCCCCACCUGCAUCCCGAGAUUCGAACUCUGCGCCUGAUGAGCCCUCACUGGCCAGGGAGGGAGAGCAGUGGGGGCCCGUGGAGUGCGAGCCAAUCACAGGACAGUGCCUCAAUUACACAGACCAAUCAGAGUUCACACUGGAGCCACACCUUCUAGUGGCGGACCUGCUGUACUGGAAGGACACAAGGACGUCCGGAGUGGUCUUCACUGGCCUCAUGGCCUCCCUCCUCUGCCUCCUGCACUUCAGCAUCGUGUCCGUGGCUGCACACGUGGCUCUCUCGCUGCUCUGCGGCACCAUCGCACUCAGGGUUUACCGCAAAGUGUUGCAGGCAGUGCACCGGGGCGAUGGAGCCAACCCCUUCCAGGCCUACCUGGAUGUGGACCUGACCCUGACCCGGGAGCAGACAGAACGUUUAUCCCAGCAGAUCGCCUCCCAUGUGGCCUCUACGGCCACACAGCUGCGACAUUUCUUCCUGGUAGAAGACCUCGUGGAUUCCCUCAAGCUGGCCCUCCUCUUCUACAUCCUGACCUUUGUGGGUGCCGUCUUCAAUGGCUUGACUCUUCUCAUUCUGGGAGUGAUUGCUUUGUUCACUGUCCCUCUUCUGUACCGGCAGCACCAGGCCCAGAUCGACCAGUAUGUGGGAUUGGUUACCAACCAGUUGAGCCACAUCAAAGCUAAAAUCCGAGCUAAGAUCCCAGGGACCGGAGCCCUUGCCUCAACAGCAGCUGCAGUCUCCGGAUGCAAAGCCAAAGCCGAAUGAGAGGGGUGUCUCUGCCUGUGGGACGCCUACCGCCCACCCCCUGCAGCCCUCUUCCGCCCUCCAUCUCCGGUCCAUCCCCUCCAUCUGCACCCUCUCCCCUAGCCCCGAGCCUAUUCCUGGUGGGAGUCGGGAUCACUCCCACCAGGGAACCUGCGCAAAGUGUCUAAGCGGCCAGGACUACAUUUCCCAAGAGGCUCUGCUCUAGGAGUCCAGGAAAAGCGAGGCACCUUGGCCGCGGGGCCUACUGGGACUUGUAGUUGGCUAGACGGGGCGCCACCCUGCACUUCCGAGACCGGCCGCUGGAGGCACCAUAAGGGGCUGGUGUCUCCCGGACGCCACCAGCCCUAACGCCGGGGCUUUGCAUGGGGCCCAGGCGAGGCCUGAGCUUGGAUUUACACUGUAAUAAAGACUCUUGUGGAAAACCCAAGGCUUCCUGUGCUUCCACCU